CACGUGAGCCGCAAACUCUCCGCUUUCCUCUCUCCACCUUCGAGCUCUAAAGAAGAAAAAACCAUCCCUUCCAUGGAUUCCCCAUUUCUCACCAACUACGACGCCCCAAUGGCCAUUCAUCCCUUCGAUAGCUUGUCGGAUCCAUCUCCCUCCCCUGUUCCGGCGACCGAAUCGGAUGCCGAUUUGGCCGACGCACUCGCCGCAGCCCUCCCCGUUGUAGAAGAUGAGUCGGAGGUGAGGAAUUUGCGCGACGCUUGGGAGAUCUUCGUGAGGGAAUCCAUGAAGCUGUGGUGGAUCGCUACACCGAUCGCAUUCAGCAUUGUUUGCCUGUAUGGGAUCAAUUCUACUACCCAGAUCUUCGCCGGACAUCUCGGAAACCUGGAGUUAUCAGCGGUGGCGAUCGGACUUUCAGUCAUCUCCAAUUUCUCCUUUGGAUUUCUUCUAGGUAUGGGUAGCGCACUGGAGACUCUAUGUGGGCAGGCGUUUGGCGCAGGGCAGGUGGAUAAGUUAGGCAUCUAUAUGCAGAGGUCAUGGAUCAUUCUCACAGCAUCCGCCGUUCUAAUGUGUCCGGUAUACCUCUUCGCCGCCCCCCUGCUGAAGCUCAUAGGCCAAGAUCCUGAUAUUGCAGACGCUGCCGGCCGCUUCACCGUCGCCAUUAUCCCGCAAAUUUUCGCCCUCGCUAUCAACUUCCCGACCCAGAAAUUUCUUCAGGCGCAGAGCAAAGUGUGGGUGCUCGCAUGCAUAGGCUUCGCAGCCCUGCUCCUCCACAUCGCUCUCCUCUCGCUCUUCCUCUAUGGAUUCGGGUGGGGGAUCAUCGGCGCAGCAGCCGCAUACGAUAUUUCGCAGUGGGCGGUCUCCGUUGCACAGGUGGCGUACGUCGUGCGGUGGUGCGGGGAUGGAUGGGGGGAGGGUUUCUCAUGGGGCGCAUUUAGGGAUCUGUGGGCCUUCGUCAAGCUCUCGCUUGCUUCUGCUGUCAUGCUUUGUUUGGAGAUUUGGUAUAUGAUGGUGCUCGUUGUGCUCGCCGGCCAUCUUCACCGCGCCCAGAUCGCCGUCGGUUCUAUUUCCAUCUGCAUGAACAUCAGCGGCUGGGAAGGAAUGGUGUUCAUCGGCAUCAACGCAGCCAUAAGCGUUAGGGUUUCUAAUGAACUCGGAUCAGGAAGGCCCAGAGCCACCAAGCACGCGGUGGCGGUGGUGGUUGCUACCUCACUCGUAGUCGGCCUCUGCUCAAUGUUUCUCAUUCUGGCUGCUCGUAAUAAGUUUCCUGUUAUUUUUACAAGCGACGAGGAGCUUCAGCGCGCAGUUUCUAAGAUUGCGCAUCUUCUCGCCCUUACCAUGGUGCUCAAUAGCAUACAGCCAGUGAUUUCAGGUGUGGCAGUAGGAGGUGGAUGGCAAGCUCUAGUGGCUUAUAUUAACUUGGCUUGCUAUUAUGUAUUUGGCCUUCCGUUAGGGUUCCUGCUGGGGUAUGCUCUGCAAUGGGGAGUUCAGGGUAUAUGGGUUGGCAUGCUUUUGGGAACUGCCCUGCAGACUUUCAUUCUCUGCUACGUGCUUUGGAAGACCAACUGGAAUGACGAGGCUGCACAGGCAUGUGAACGAGUGAAAUUAUGGGGAGGAGAAGGAAAAUUUAUAGAGCUAGAGCUGGGAAAAUGAGCUUCUUUUACAAAAAAUAAAAAUAAAUUACUUCUAUAAGGAGAAUAGUUAUGAAAAGAGCUAAUUGGAAAGUCUUGUAGAGGAGUUGAUAGAGAGCAUUUUCUCAAAUUAAUGAGAAAAUUUUGUGAAAGUCUUCCAUACAUGAGCUACAUACGGACGACGGACUGGAUACUCUGUCGUCUAUAUGUAACUAGUGUACAGAUGACAUACGCAAAAUUUAUGUAACUAGUGUACGAAUGACAAACGCAAAAUUUUUCCAUAAUCAAGAGACAAGCACAAUUUUGGAAAAAGAGAAAGAGAGAGGCUGCUAAUUGUUUUGGAGCUCAAAUUUUUUGAACAUGUAAGGUUGAUUUUGUAAAUUGUUUGGUGAGUGAAAAUUAACAC